AUGAGCAUCGUCACCGUCCCAGCAGCAUCAUCAACAUCGAAAGCCCUGCAGAUCAAAAACCUAAUCUCCGUCGCAUCCUCCGUCAACCAUCUGAAAGUUUUCCACGCAUCUCUCAUCCGCCACGAUCUCCAUCACGACACUUCCCUCGUUAACCUCCUCCUCAAGCGAACGCUCUCCUUCCGCGAAAACCGUUACUCUUUCCUCCUCUUCUCUCACACCCAAUUCCCAAACAUUUACCUCUACAAUACUCUCAUCAACGGAUUCGUCAACAACCACCUCUUCAACGAAACCCUCAAUCUCUUCCUCUCCACCCGCAAACACGGCCUCUCCCUCUAUGGUUUCACCAUCCCUUUCGUUCUCAAGGCCUGCACCAGAGCCCCGAAUCUAAAACUCGGAAUCAACCUCCAUUCUCUAGUGGUGAAAUGCGGUUUCAAUCACGACGCGUGCGCUAUGACGAGCCUCCUCUCUGUUUACUCUGGAUCAGGACGUCUUGACGACGCACACAAACUGUUCGACGAAAUUCCUGAGAGAAGCGUUGUUUCAUGGACGGCCUUUGUUAGCGGCUACAUUGCUUCAGGGAAGCACAAGGAAGCUAUUGGUUUGUUCAAGAAGAUGGUUGAAAUCGGAGUGAGACCCGAUAGCUAUUUGAUUGUUCGGGUUUUAUCCGCUUGUGUUAAGGUAGGCGAUCUCGAUACCGCCGAGUGGGUUGAUAAGCUCGUGGAAGAGAUUGGGAUGCAGAAGAACUCCUUCGUGUGCACGACACUUGUCAAUCUCUACGCGAAGCUUGGGAAGAUGGAGAAAGCGCGUUCUGUUUUCGACUCUAUGGCUGAGAAAGAUGUAGUUACUUGGAGCACUAUGAUACAAGGGUAUGCGUCUAAUAGCCAACCGAAAGAUGGUGUUGACUUGUUUCUGCAGAUGCUGCGGGGGAAUCUUAAACCGGACCGGUUUUCGAUUGUUGGGUUUCUUUCUUCUUGUGCGAGCUUGGGAGCGCUUGAGCUAGGCGAAUGGGGAAGUGGUUUGAUAGAUAGGAAUGAGUUUUUGACUAAUUUGGUUAUGGGGAAUGCGCUGAUUGAUAUGUAUGCGAAGUGUGGUGCUAUGGCUCGAGGUUUUGAAGUUUUUAAAGAUAUGAAGGAGAGAGAUAGAGUUAUCAUGAACUCUGCGAUUACUGGUCUUGCCAAGAACGGCCACGUUAAGCUCUGUUUUGCGGUUUUUGGACAAACGGUAAAGUUAGGUCUCUCACCUGACGGCUACACGUUUCUUGGACUGCUGUGUGGUUGUGUUCACGCAGGUUUAAUCCAAGACGGGCUUAGGUUUUUCAACGCGAUGAGCUGUGUUUACUCGUUGAAACGCACGGUUGAGCAUUAUGGUUGUAUGGUGGAUCUUUGGGGCAGAGCAGGGAUGUUAAGUGACGCGUACCGCUUGAUCUGCGAUAUGCCGAUGAAGCCAAACGCGAUUAUCUGGGGAGCGUUGCUGAGCGGGUGCAGGCUGGUGAAAGAAACGCGUUUAGCGGAGCGCGUUCUUAAAGAACUCAUCGCUCUGGAGCCGUGGAACGCAGGGAACUACGUUCAGCUGUCGAACAUAUACUCGGUUAGUGGGAGAUGGGACGAAGCGGCUGAAGUGAGAGAGACGAUGAACAGGAAAGGUAUGAAGAAGAUCCCUGGGUUUAGUUGGAUCGAAUUGGAAGGGACGGUCCACGAGUUUCUCGCUGAUGAUAAAACUCAUCCUCUGAGCGAGAAGAUAUAUGCAAAGCUUGAGGAUUUGGGUAAUGAGAUGAGGCUUAUGGGUUUUGUGCCAACAACGGAAUGUGUGAUGUUCGAUGUGGAAGAAGAAGAAAAGGAAUCGGUGUUGGGGUAUCACAGCGAGAAGCUUGCGGUUGCGUUUGGGCUGAUCAGUACGGUUGAUGGUGAAGUGAUUCGAGUGGUGAAGAAUCUGAGAGUUUGUGGAGAUUGUCAUCAAGUGAUGAAACUGAUAUCGAAGAUCACGAGAAGAGAGAUUGUUGUUAGAGAUAACAAUAGGUUUCAUUGUUUUUCAAACGGCGCUUGUUCUUGCAAUGACUACUGGUGA